AUGGCCAUGCUCCGAGCAACGGUGAGCCUCUUCGCUCUGACCCCUGUUCUGGCACAGUUCAGCACCGCCACCCAGAAGCCUUCUCAGGACAUGUUGUCGAUGAUGUGCGACACCGUGCCUGUCCCUGGCUUGUGCAAGCAGAGUCCCGGCCAGUCUAGCGGAACUGGUCUGAACAGCCUGGAGUGCAAGAAGAAUCCGAGUGCCUGCUGCACUGCAGCUGUUAAGAAGUGCAGCAGCACCGACCCGUUCUCUGUCUUCGCUGGAGGAGUUUGCCCCAAGUCCAUGGGCAAAUCCCAGUGUGUCGGCUCUGAGAUGCUCUCCCCAACCAUGGUGGGCGUUUGCAUGUGCACUGACCCUGGCACCAUUUGCUCCGGCAGCGGUGACAGCCCGGUGUGCACCAGUUCGGCCUCCGCAAUCACUGCAGCAGCAACCAAGUCUGCAGUGGCUGCAGGCUUUAGCCGCCUCUACGAGGAGGAGCCAGCAGAGGAGGUGUUGAACAUUGGAGGUUGGGUCAGCGCCGCUGCCAUUGCAGGUACCUUCGCGCUCGUUCUCAUGGUGAUGAUCCGCGGGCUCCGUCACCUCUUCCGCUCCACGACCCAGGCGCACCAGCCGUUGGUGCAAGAUUCCCAAGACGAGGAGGCCUUCAACGAGUGA